AUUUUAGAUAAUGCUCCUACGUGAUGAGCAGGUUCCGUUGCUUUUAAAACGGAAGCACGUCGUCUCGGGAUAUCGGCCUCUCAAUCAACCACCAUCGUUUUACUUCAGAUCAGCUUUCUCGUCGCACAAUGAAGUGUUCAAUGUUUGGACUCAUUUCAUUCCGGCAAUCAUCCUGCUUUUCGCGUAUCUCAUUCCUGAAAUUCUUGCCCCACUGCCACGUGUUCCAGUAUUAAUCCUCCAAGUUGGCAUUUUCCUGUUGUUAAUCGCUUCGUCACUUGCUCAUCUGAUGCAUUCUCGUUCCGAACUCGACCACGUAUUUUGGUUUCUUAUCGAUUUUUCUGGAAUUGCGCUUUUCGGAAUCACAAUUGGAUUGCAACGCUAUAGCUCCAGUGAUGAUAUGAGUUUGAUUAUGAAAAUUAUUUAUGUACCUCUUCUCCUUGUCGUUGUUCUUGGCGGUCAGUACUUUUCAACGUGCUACCUCUUCGUGUAUAAGCCACACUACAAACGACGAAUGGAGCUACGAAUGGGCUCUUGCUUCCUUCUUGCAUGCUGGCUCUACAUUCCAUUGCACUAUAGAUAUCAAUCCGAAGGAAGCGGGGGUGACGCUGCUCUUCCUCUACACUCGAGAGCUUUUCAAUGGCUUGUGUUCUCUGGAAUUUUCAUGGGAGCUCAUAUUCCUGAACGAUUUGCUCCGGGAGUUUUCGAUAUUGUUGGUUAUGGACAUCAGCUCUUCCAUUUGUGCAUCGACAUGGUUGCUUGGAAUCUCCUUGAUGCGGCUCACAUCGACUGCUCGAGUGACGAAGGACAUGUUCAUUUGCCUCGAAAUAUUGUUGCUGUCAUAGCAUUAUUUGCAUCAAUCGGUCUCAUUGGAUUCAAUGUGUAUAGAAUGAUGCAGAAGGCAAUCACACGAAAAUACGACGAAUAGUUCCAACUCUAAUCAAUUCUUAUUUCAUUUUUCCUCCAAAUUAGUCAUAGGAUUUUCUGAACUGUGUUACGCAGAUCUCAUUUAUGAUUUUGAUUUUUGAAAUUUCAUUUUCGGGUUUAUAAUUUUCACGCAAAGACGCAAAACUUGAUAAACUUUUUUUU